CCAGAUGCGGCGAGGGACUUGAACUACCCAAGACUCCGCAUUUGCUUGCAGGCUCAUAUAAAAACAAAAUGGCGGACCAUUCGUUGUGCGAGCGUCUUUAGCUAGAAAAUGUAAUUUUUCUGGACGGCAAUGGCUCUAAUUGACCCUAGUUUUCACCCAGGACCAACUUUAAUUGUCGGAGAUGGCAACUUUUCAUUUUCCUUGUGUUUAGCCAAAGCACUUCAUGAAAAUGUAGACAUUUACGCGACAUCGCUUGACACAAAAGAGCAACUGGAGACGAAUGAGUUCGCGUUACAAAACCUGCAAGAACUAUCAUCGUUCCCAAACGUCAAGGCAUUUCACGGAGUUGAUGCAACAAAGCUAGAAAAACAAUUCAAAUCAUUACAAUUUCCGAGGAUUAUUUUUAAUUUUCCUCACACUGGCGGAAAGGUCAAGAUUAGUCAUUGCAGAAAGCUCCUGGAACGUUUCUUUAUUUGUGCGUCAAACCACUUGACUCCCACCACAGGGGUAGUGUGCGUCAGCUUGUGUCAAGGUCAGGGGGGCACUCCUUGCGAUGUGCCCCAGAGAGAUUGUGGGAAUACUUGGAAGGUGGUGGAACAAGCAGCAAAGGCAGGGCUGAUUCUUAUGGAUGUCCUACCAUUUAGGGGGUCGGACUACCCAAUCUACAACAGUGCUGGGUUCAAAGGUCAUCUGAACAAGGGAUUCAGUACAACAAGAGGUCUUACCCAUCUGUUCUCCCAUGGCACACCCUUAGAACCUAUCUCCAGUGUAGAAUCUUUUGAGGAUCUUUCAGUGAAUGGCUCAAGGAAAGCAGCCCAGCAUUGCCUGGGAUCAACUCAUCCUGUAGCAAAAUUAAAGUCCAAGAUUGAGAAUUGUCUUCAACACUGUGAUAUCCCAGGUACAAGCAUCAAUGGCUUCUGUAAAUUAAAGAGAAUAGCCACCACUAAUAAGAGUGAUGCUGACAACAGUUAUAAUAAAGCCUGUUGUCAAGACCUCUCACAUCUUUGUCAAGAUAUAGAUUGUUGUCAGACUGACGACAACUUUGAUGGCACUCUAUUUAAGGAUUUGCCUUCAGCUAUUCAGUACUGCUUGAAAGCUCGACAUUCACCUUUUGUUAUAAGUGGGACAGAGACAGAUUUUAAUGUUCCUGUGACGUCAUGCACAUAUCCCAUAACUCACAGGAUGGUAAUAUGUCGGACAAGGCCCAAAGAGUCAGAACAAAAUGAGGAACUAGACCUUGCACAGAAAUUUAUCACCAACAAGAUCUGUCCUACACUGAGGCUCUCAGAGGACCAAAUAAGCUGCCAGAAGAGUCCUGGCUUAGAUUUUAACAAGACUCAGAUGAGCUCAUUCAAGCCAUCUGAUUACCAUGCUUUGAGGAAGCGUAGAAGAGAAUUGUUUGAGUGGAGACCGUCAGGUGACCAAGUCAACAAAGUCUGGAUUCCUUCUGAUGUUUGUUGUAAAGAUGAAAACAAUCUUUGCACUUUCUGCACUCUGGAGACAAACUACUUUAAAUGCUCUGACAAGAUAGAGAACUUGGUUACUACCGAGUCCAAAAGAGAACUGUGCUCUAAUGGAUUGUUAGUCAUAUCUUGUGGUAUUUUGAGUGCAAAGGAUGGCAUUAACGCAGGUUGGCUUAUCAUCGUUCAUCUGGAUGCUCUAUUGAUGGCUUUACACAACAUCCCAGACAUAAGGUUGCUUUGGUCUAAAGAGGAAAAAUUCCUUGGACAGCCUUUUGGCCAGGAGGAUCAAUAUACACCCUUUAAUUUGUACCCACCGGUGUUCCUUCACGACAUCAGCUUCUGGUUAAGCAAUGAUUCAACAGAGAAGGCUUUCCUAGAAACCAUCUUCCAUACAACACAGAACUGUGUGUGCGACGUGUGGUUUCGAGAGAGGUACAGAGACCCUGUGAGCGGAGCAAUCAGCUAUAACUACAGGAUGAUGUAUAGUAGAUGUGAUGGGGCUUUGAGCCACAUGCAGACAGUUGAGAUACAGAACUUGCUACGAAGGGUUUUGAUGAAGAAGAAGUUUAUUCUGAGUUGAGACUAUGAUGUUGUGUUGUAUUUUUUAGGUUUAUUUUGGUAUUAUUGUUUAUUUUGGUAUUAUUAUUGCACAACAUAAGGUUGAACUUGAGGAUCCAUGUGCUGUAUGUGUGUUUAUUGGUAUCAUACUGGCUGAGUUCUGGAAAUAAAUUGUUGAAUAAACGAAAUUUGAUUUUA